AUGCAACAUAUCAAAACGAAUACUGCAUUAGUAGCUAUUGCGCGGCAAACCGCUCGCAACCUACUAGGUGCAAAAAGUAGUAGUACUGUAAUAGGACAUCAUGCAACAAGUGGUUUUUCUAAUAGAGGUGCUAAAACCUCAACUAAUAUGAGCAGAAGACAUUACAGUAAUACUAAUGGUGCGUCAACUUCUUCACUUCCUCAAACAAAUCAAACUGAAAUUUUUAAUGGUGGAAUAAGUGGUAGUACAGACCCUGGUAUACAACAAAGACCACUAGAUCUUAGACAAGAACAACUUUAUAUUAGAGAGUAUAAUGAUUUGCUAAUGCUUUUGAAACAAAGAGGACUUCCACGAGAAGUUGAACGACGCUUCGAAGAAAUGAAAAGAUCCGGUGUACAACCAACGACUUUUACUUACAAUUUAAUCCUCGAUACUGUCGCUGGAUUUCGAAAUGAAAAUAAUAAUUUGGAUAAACUAAUCCAAUAUUAUGACGAGAUGAUUCGUGAUAAUGUGAAACCUAACUUAUCAACUUAUAACAUAAUGAUCAAAACUUUAUGUAAAAGGGAUUUUGAAAUUCAAACAAAAUUAUAUCGCUUAAAAAAAAGAGCAAACACUGGUGGAAAUAUAAGAGCAAUACAAACUCUCGAAAAAGAAAAUUGCAUUGAUUUAGCCUUUCAACUUUUCAAAAAAAGUAUAGAUGUUCAUGGCUAUUAUUAUGAGGUAGAUUUAUGUGAUGUUUUAUUACGUUCACUUGCUCCUUAUGGUAGAAUAGAAGAAGGGUUAACUGUAUUUGAAUAUAUGGAAAAGCGUGGCAUAGUGUCUCCAUAUACUUUUGGUUAUUUAAUAUCAAUGUAUAGUCAUGUUGGUGAUAUGGAAAGUGCUUUGGAAUGUUUUAAAGAAUAUAAAAAGGUUUCACCAAAUUUAUCCGGAAAGCACGAACCAAUGGCUGUAUAUAAUCAAAUGAUUUCUGCUUAUGUUCGUUGUGAUAAUGUAAAAGGUGCUAUUGAAAUUUUAGAAAAGGAUGCUCCUGAGAACGGUCUUGUACCAGACGAAUGGAGUUAUUUCUACCUUAUUAGAGAUUUGUGUGAUACUAAUAAAACCGAGACAGCACAAGAAUGGUUUGAUAAGAUGAAAAUCGAUGAAUCAUUACCAAAGCCAUUUAACUUGAUAUACGAUACGAUGUUGAUGCAAUAUUCUUUAAUUGGUGAUUAUUCAAAUUCGACAAAAGUUUAUCAAGAAAUGAAAGAUAUAAACUUAUGUCCUAGAUACUCUGAGAUGUCAUUAUAUUUACACUUGACUCUCAAACAUGAUCCAGACAGGAUUCUGGAUCUCUUGGAUGACAUGUAUAAAGGACACUUAGUUACUGAUCUCAAUUUGACAAGAAAUAUUAUGAAUCAUUUUGUUCAAGAACAACAACCGGAAAAGGCACUCACCGCUCUCAUUAAAAUCAAAGCGCUCACGGAUCAUUAUACAAAUAGCUCAUCGAAUAGGUCAAACAGUCCACUAAUAUCUUUGGAUGAUCAUAUCAUAACAUUGUUGAAUUAUCCGUAUCUUUCACUUAAAGGAGCGAUUGAUGCCAAAUUUCAACUUUUGGACUAUGGAUAUAAUAAAAUACCAAAUUUCAAUAAGGCCAUAUUUACAAAAUACGACACGGUUAAAGCUAAUGGUGAAAUAGUGGCAAGUUUUAAAGAACUUGACAGCCAACAUAUAUUCGCGCUUUUUGAUAACGCAACAUCUUUAUAUAAUUUACAUAUCGCAAAGGAUGAUUUUAACACCAGGGUAUUUGAACUUGUAGAAGACUUAAAAUUAUGUGAAAUUACAUUGCCUUACAGGACAUUUACAAAGGUUCACCAUCAUUACAUGGAAGCAGGUGAUCUCGCGGGUGCUGAUAAAUGGAAAGAAAUAGCAUCUGUUGUUUUAACCACUAAAGAUUCUACUAAGGAGUCUUCACAGAAAUCUCUUCGCCAACCUACCAUCGAAGAAAUUAACCGUUCUUCGGAAAUAUCACAAUUAUGUAAAACUCAUGCAAUUGAUUCAGCUCUUUUGUUAAGUGAAUUUCAUAAAAUGCUCAAAGAAGAUUUGAUACCUACACCUGAACUCGUUAGUCAAGCGAUUAGAAAUUUAGGAAAGAGUAAGAAUCUGAAAGAAGCUGAAGAAUUAUAUAAACUUUCAUUAGAAUUUUUUCCAAAAUUGGACCCAUCUGUAUCUACCAACGGAUUAAAUUGGGCACGUAAUAGUAUGCUUAUAGCAUAUGCAAGCAACGGUCAAUUGGAUAAGGCGUAUCAAAUUUACAAUGAGAUUUUCGCACUUGGAUAUCAACCAGAUGCUAAUGCAUAUGCUGAUCUUUUGGUUGCCGAAAGUGAUAGGGAUCCUGAUGAGGCCGCAACUGCCAUAAAAUUAUAUGAUGAAAUAAAACGUUAUAAUAUAAAACCAACACUUUAUUUUUAUAAUGUAUUAAUUAGCAAACUUGGGAAAGCUCGAAAGUAUGAUGCAGUUUGGGAAGCAUUCAAAGAUAUGAAAAGACGUAGGAUUCAACCUAAUUCUAUUACUUAUGGUGCGUUAAUCACAGCUUGUACGCGUGUGAAAUCUGAAGAUAAAGCUUUAAUGGCACUGCGAGAAAUGGAAAAUUCAAAGUCUUUCCAACCACGUAUUGGUCCUUAUAAUACAUUGAUGCAAUUUUAUACGUGGGAUCUUCGUGACAGAGAAAAAGCUCUUAAAUAUUUUGGAGAAAUUAAUCGACACAAUUUAAAACCUUCCGAUCAUACAUACAAGUUGUUGAUUGAUGCAUAUUCGACUAUUGAACCAUUUGAUAUGAAAUCAGCUUUAAAUGUGUUUGAACAAAUGAAGCGGGACGGUGUUACACCACAACCAACACAUUAUGCGUCUCUUAUUUAUGCUUAUGGCUGUUGUCAUCGGGCUGUACAGAAUUCACUUCAGACAUUUAAUACCAUGCAAAGUAUGUUCAAUAUUCGACCAGAUCAGAGUGUGUAUCAAGCGCUGUUUGAUGCGCUAAUUGCUAAUGAUCGUAUUGCAGAAGCAGAAGAGUAUUAUGAUGUUAUGCUAAUGCAAGGCGAUGUCAAAUCUACUCCUUAUAUUGAGAAUUUAUUUAUUCGAGGGUAUGGUCAAUUGGGGCAAUGGGAACGUGCUGAAACAGUGUUUAAUAAUAUGAUAGAUGCUGAUGAUUUGGUUAGUGAGGGUGUACCAAGGGAACCAAGUACGUAUGAAGAGAUGGUGAAAGCAUAUGUUAUUAGCGGGCAAAUUGAAAAAGCUAAAGAAGUGGCUAAUAUACUGGAACAUAAAAAUUUUCCAGAAAUU